UCGGCUGUGGGCACCAUGUUCGCCGCGGGCCCCCCCAGCCACACCCUCCGCCGGCUCCCGCUGCCGCUGCUGCUGCUGCUGCAGGUCUCGGGCAGGGGGCUGGGCCGCGCCAGCCCGGCCGGCGGGCCCCUGGAAGAUGUGGUCAUCGAGCGCUACCACAUCCCCAGGGCCUGUCCCCGGGAGGUGCAGAUGGGGGACUUUGUGCGCUACCACUACAACGGUACUUUCGAGGACGGCAAGAAGUUUGACUCCAGCUAUGACCGCAACACCUUGGUGGCCAUCGUGGUGGGCGUGGGGCGCCUCAUCACCGGCAUGGACCGAGGCCUCAUGGGCAUGUGUGUCAACGAGCGGCGGCGCCUCAUUGUGCCUCCCCACCUGGGCUACGGCAGCAUCGGCGUCGCGGGGCUCAUCCCCCCGGAUGCCACCCUCUACUUCGACGUUGUCCUCCUGGACGUGUGGAACAAGGCAGACACGGUGCAGGUGAACAUCUUGCUGAGGCCGCCCCACUGCCCCCGCAUGGUGCGGGACAGCGACUUCGUCCGUUACCACUACAACGGCACACUGCUGGAUGGCACCACCUUCGACACCAGCUACAGCAGGGGCGGCACUUACGACACCUACGUGGGCUCUGGUUGGCUGAUCAAGGGCAUGGACCAGGGGCUGCUGGGCAUGUGUCCCGGAGAGAGACGGAAGAUCAUCAUCCCUCCGUUCCUGGCCUAUGGCGAGAAAGGCUAUGGGACCGUGAUCCCCCCGCAGGCCUCUCUGGUCUUCCACGUGCUGCUGAUCGACGUGCACAACCCGAAAGACAGUGUGCAGCUGGAGACCCUGGAGCUCCCCCCGGGCUGUGUCCGCCGGGCCGCGGCUGGCGACUUCAUGCGUUACCACUACAACGGCUCGCUCAUGGACGGCACGCUCUUUGACUCGAGCUACUCCCGCAACCACACCUACAACACCUACAUCGGCCAGGGCUACAUCAUCCCCGGGAUGGACCAGGGGCUGCAGGGCGCCUGUGUAGGGGAGCGCCGCAGAGUCACGGUCCCCCCUCACCUCGCCUACGGGGAGAACGGAACUGGAGACAAGAUCCCAGGCUCUGCUGUGCUCAUCUUUGACGUCCACGUCAUCGACUUCCACAACCCUGCGGAUCCUGUGGAAAUCAAGACUCUGUUCCGGCCGCCCGAGGCCUGCAAUGAGACCGAGGCCGCCAAGCUCGGGGACUUUGUUCGCUACCACUACAACUGCUCGCUUCUGGAUGGCACCCAGCUGUUCUCCUCCCAUGACCACGGGGCCCCCCAGGAGGCCACUCUGGGCGCCAACAAGGUGAUCGAAGGCUUGGACCGGGGCCUGCAGGGCAUGUGCGUGGGAGAGAGGCGGCAGCUGAUCGUGCCCCCGCACUUGGCACAUGGGGAGAGUGGAGCACGGGGCGUCCCUGGCAGUGCUGUGCUGAGGUUCGAGGUGGAGCUGGUGUCCCGGGAGGACGGGUUGCCCACGGGCUACCUCUUUGUGUGGCACGAGGACCCUCCCACCAGCCUCUUUGAAGACAUGGACCUCAACAAGGAUGGCGAAGUCCCCCUGGAAGAGUUUUCCACCUUCAUCAAGGCUCAAGUGAGUGAAGGCAAGGGCCGCCUCCUGCCCGGGCAGGACCCGGAGAAAACCAUCAGGGACAUGUUCCAGAACCAGGACCGCAACCAGGACAGCAAGGUUACGGCCGAGGAGCUCAAGCUGAAGUCGGAUGAAGACCAGGAGCGGGUCCACGAGGAGCUCUGAAGGGCAGGAGACACAGCAGCCCCUGUGGGCCACAAUGGCAGUGGGACUGGCCUGCCAGCCCAGCGCCCCCUCCCUGUGCCCUGUGCCAAGAGAAGCCUGGGAGUCACAGGUGUCAGGGGACACCUCUGGUCCCUGCCCUGAGGGGAAACCACAUUGGGGCAGUGGAGCAGCACCAUUUCCCCAGACCCAAAGCCCCUUCCUGUGUGUGGCCUCACAAAGCCAGUCUGGGUCAGCAGUCAGGGCCUCCGCCCCACCCCCAGGCUCAUGGCCGGGCUGGGCUGUUUCCCCAGCCCCCUCCCUCUGUUGUGGCAGCUCCCCAGGAGACCCCUCUAGCCCUCCUCCCUCUGCUGUGACCGGCUCCUAGGGCAGGAGCAAGCCCAAGGGGGCAGCCCCACCUCACCUGCCCUCUGGCUUCUCUCCCCUUCUCCCCUCCUUCCUGGCCCUGCAGCCCAGGUGCCAGAGGUCAGGGCCAGGCUCUGUGCACCUUCCACCCCUAAAGGCGGCUCCUCUCCCGGAGUCACAGAGGAGAGCAAGGAAACCUGCCUAGGGACCGCAGCCCGACAUCCUUCCUGCGCCUCUAGGGCCAAAAGGUGCAGGCUCUGCCCCCACCACACCCCUAGAGCCAAGCUCGCGUUGGAUCCCUUCCUCCCUCACCAAAUAAAUGAUGAAAACAGUG